UUAGUCAUAACUCCGAGUACUUACCCACAACUGAUUCUCUUUCACCUUCAUCAUCCAACCUCUAAUCCAUCAUGAGCGGCAAGCUUGCUUCAGAAUAUCCAUCCUGGAAGAAGCUUCAGCAGAUCUACGACAGCGAGCACGCCAAUCUCGUCCUGAAGGACCUCUUCGCUCAGGAUCCCGUCCGUUUCUCCAGGUUCUCUAAGGAAUAUGCGUCUACAUCUGGUCCAGAUGUCACUUUCCUCCUCGAUUACUCCAAGAACCUUAUCACUCAGCCCAUUGUCGACACUCUCCUGUCUUUGGCUCGGGAGGCCGAGGUAGAGACAUACAGGGACAAGAUGUUUGCUGGCGAGCACAUCAACACGUCAGAGGACCGUGCUGUUCUCCAUGUCGCUCUCCGUAACUUCAACGACUUCAAAAUUCAAGAAAGUGGCGUCGAUGAGGUGUCAGCAGUCCUGGAACAUAUCAAGGUCUUCUCUGAGGCCGUCCGCAGUGGUGAAUGGAAAGGAUACACAGGAAAGACGAUCAACACCAUUGUUAACAUCGGCAUCGGGGGAUCCGACUUGGGCCCUGUCAUGGUCACCGAAGCUUUGAAGGCGUACUCCAAACGUGAUCUCACUGCUCACUUCGUAUCCAAUAUUGAUGGUACCCACAUUGCAGAGACCUUGAAGGUCUGCGAUCCUGAGCGCACCCUGUUCAUCAUUGCCAGCAAGACUUUCACUACUCAGGAAACCAUCACAAAUGCCGAGAGCGCCAAGGCAUGGUUCCUCGAGACUGCGAAAGAUCAAGCUCAUGUCGCUAAGCACUUUGUUGCUCUGAGCACCAACACCAAGGCCGUCACUGCUUUCGGCAUAUCUCCUAACAACAUGUUCCAGUUCUGGGACUGGGUUGGUGGUCGUUACAGCUUGUGGAGCGCCAUCGGACUGUCAAUCGCUUUGGUCAUCGGUUACGAUAACUUUGAGGCGCUUCUCAAGGGUGCACAUGGAAUGGACAAGCACUUCAAAGAGACGCCGUUGGAGAACAACCUACCGGUUCUUCUAGCCAUAGUAGGGAUCUGGUACAACGACUUCUACGGUUCACAAACACACGCAUUGCUUCCAUAUGACCAAUAUCUUCACAAAUUCGCUGAUUACUUCCAACAGGGAGACAUGGAAUCCAAUGGCAAGUUCGUCACGAAGGGUGGUCAACGCGUCAAUUAUCAAACAGGACCUAUUAUCUGGGGUGCGGCGGGCACCAACGGACAACAUUCCUUCUACCAACUCGUCCACCAGGGCACGAAACUGAUUCCCGCUGACUUCAUUGCCCCCGCUACUACCCAGAAUCCUAUUCACCAAUCAAAGCACCAUCGCAUCCUAUUGUCGAACUUCUUUGCUCAACCUGAAGCUCUCGCCUUUGGUAAAACCGAGGAGCAGGUGAAGAAAGAAUUAGGUUCGGGAGCAAGCGAAGCUUUGAUUAAGAGCAAAGUGUUCGAGGGGAACAGGCCCAGUAACAGCAUUAUGUUCCCGCUGCUGACGCCCGCUACCCUUGGCGCUCUGAUUGCUCUGUACGAACACAAGAUCUUUGUUCAGGGUGUUAUCUGGGGUAUCAACUCCUUUGAUCAAAUGGGUGUUGAACUUGGCAAAGUCCUUGCAAAGAAUAUCCUUGCCCAACUCGACAAACCUGAAGACGUCAAGGGCCAUGACAGCUCGACAACUGGCCUCAUUCAUUACUACCAGAAAUACAGGAAGGAGUAAACCAACCGAACGGAGCAAUAGGAAUUGAAAGCAUUUUUGAAUUCAUGAAUUGUUGUACUACGUAACAAAGAAGUGUAGGCUUAGUUAGGUGCGCAUAAUAGACAUUUAUCGGAUAGCAAC